UGACAUUUCAAUCAACUUUGGUCUGAUACAAUCCUUCAUAUUUGGAGAUGAUUACAAAAUUUCAUUUUCCCUAGCCUUUAUCUCUGAACUCUCCAAAUAAAGUUGUUAUAGGGAUUGACUAAUAAUAUUUAUGAAAAUAGCAGAGCGGUAAAUAUCUUCUCUAUUUUGCAGCUACCUGCAUAAACCACCCUUUUCCACAAAGGGAAAUUCAAGUAUGCGGCGUCCACCUCUUCCCUCCUGCACACAGCCCAAGCUUUUUCAAUAAUUUUCACCAAACACAUUACCAUCUCUAACUUCCUAAAUCACCACUAACACCAUGCAAGGAGGACUCAGUGAAGCUUCAAAGACUCAGUCACCGAGUUCGUACCUCUACACGUGCAUAGCACAAAAAAAUUUGGGAGAAAUAGCUGCCAUAGUCAUCUCUAGCUUGAUCUCUUAUGGUAGACUCAGUUGUCGAGAGAUCAGUCACAAGACAAAGCUUUCAGUAAAAGUAGUUCAGUCAGCAUUGGUAUCACUAAUUCAAUUACAGUGUGUGUACUAUGUCAAGGAUGAGAACUCUGGUACCGUUCACUAUACUUUCAACGAAACAGGUGUUCUUAAUUUCUUACACAGUGGAGAAAUCAUCAACCAUAUCAAGACAGCUUAUGGUGAUGACCAUGCUGAAAUUAUUCAGAAUAUCUUAGUCAAUGGACAUAUAAAAGUCGCUGAUUAUAUCAAUAAUAUCGAUGAUGCCCAAAAGAAAUUGGAUACCGAGACGUUAUUCGUCAAAUUGUUCAGUGAUAAGUGGUUAGUUAGAGUUCAAUUAUUUGACUUCCAUCCCUAUGCUGAUAUCUGGAACAACAUUUAUCAGGAUAUAUUGAAGAAGACACCACGUUCAGCUACUACAUCUGAAAUUAAGAGGGUCAAUGAAGCUAAGGAAAAGGCUAAGAUUGCUUUUGUUCAGCUCCUUGAAUCAGGACAAACAUCUAAAGAUUUGUAUACGGUAAAGGACGGAUUCAAGACUCUCAAUCCUAACUUAAUAGUUCGGUUCAAUUUGAAUCGAUUCCAGAAGCAUCUACGGUCCGUUGCAUUAAUCAACUUGGCCAAAUCCCGGAUCGGAACUUUAUCAGCCAAGAUCUAUGAGACGGCAUUAAACCUCAUAGAACAGGAAAGUCCUGAUAUAAUACAUCCAUUUUUACAGAUCAGUGGAUUGAUAAAUGAUCCAGAAGAAGAAAGAGCAUUCAUAAACUCGAUUGAGAAUAAAUCUGUUGAAGAAAAGAAAAUUGUAUUUACUAUACGAGAAAUUGAACGGUCUUUGCCAACGGAUUUGGAUCUCCGUAACUCCAUCUUGACUCACAAUUUCCUUAAGCCAAAUCUCAAGAAGAGAGUAGCUGAUGAAGUAGAUUCACCUAACAAACGAGUUAAGACUGAAUCAGAUACUCCUGAUUUGUUGGCCGAGUUUCAACUCAAAAAUGAUAUCAUCAUUGAAGAAGAAAUCGACACAGACUCCGAUUUACAAUCAACUUCAUUAAUACAACACCAUCUCAAAUUGCUUUCUUCCGGUUCUACCAUUCAGUUCUUAAUUGAAAUGACUCCUGGGACAUAUACUAUCCCAUUCACUGCAUUAAUCAAACAAUUGAAGCAGUACAACUUUGAAACACUUGUCAAAACUACUUUAGGUGGUAAUGCAUUCCGAGUAUUACGAUGCUUGAAAACACAAAAGAUUGGAGAUGAGAAGUCAUUAGCUACCGCAGUAUUACUUAAGGAAAAAACAGUAAGAAAUGAAGUGUAUAAGUUAGUGAAAGCUAAUUUAGUAGAAAUUCAAGAAGUUCCAAGAAGUGCAGAUCGUGCAGCAUCCAAAACAUUCUACUUGUUCAGACAUAAGGAGAUCAUGAGUUAUAAUUUCUUAAGAAAUGCUCUUAUUUUCACCAUGUCAGAGAUCUUAGUCAAUAUCCUGAACUUUAAGGAGGACCAUAAGAUCUUAUUGGAUAAAUGUGAAAGAGAAGAUGUGAAGGGUCAUGAAGAAGAGUUGUUACUUGAUUCAGAAUUGAAGACCCUUAAGAAUUUACAAGCAAGAGAGAUUCUGAAUAUUGGUAGAUUUAAUAGAAUCAAGGCACUCUUUGAGAUCUACUCAUUAUGAGCAUUGUAUACUAUGUAUUACACUUAUUAUAAAUAUUAACAUCACUAUUAAAACCAU